AGUGAAAAAAGUGAAUACGGAAAAUUUUAUUAGUGGAAAAAAAAUUACAAGAAAAAAAACAGAAGUGAAAAAAUAAAUAUAAUAAAAUAAUUAUAAAUCAUUUUGGAAUGAUAUUCUAAAUAAAGCAAAACAGCUCAUAUAUUAACAAAAUAAAAGCAUAUACAUAUACGCUAAGUAUUAAAAGUUAAGUGUAAUUAUAUAUUGAAAAAUAAACAGAAAAGACACAAAAAUGGCUUUAUUUUUUAAUGUGGGUACCAACCCAUUUUCUACGCCUGUUGGUCAAAGGAUUGAGCAAGCCACCGAUGCAUCUUUGGCCACUGAAAAUUGGGCUCUCAAUAUGGAGAUUUGCGACAUGAUAAAUGAAUCUUCCGAUACGGCACGUGAUGCCAUGAAAGCCAUACGCAAACGUCUGCAACAAAAUGCCGGCAAAAACAAUCAAGUGAUCAUGUUUACACUCAUUGUCUUGGAGACGUGUGUUAAAAACUGUGGCAAGGCAUUUCAUGUGUUGGUGGCGCAAAGAGACUUUAUACAAGAGUUGGUGAAAUUAAUUGGACCCAAAAAUGAUCCACCUAUGGUGGUGCAGGAGAAAGUGCUUAGUCUUAUACAGACCUGGGCAGAUGCGUUUAAAAAUCAACCUGAUCUAAAUGGCGUAACACUAAUGUAUACAGAGUUGAAGAAUAAGGGUAUAGAAUUUCCACAGCCGGAUGCAGAGAAUAUGGCACCCAUAUAUACGCCACAAAGGAGUGUUCCAGAACAGCCACCACCUCAAGUUGUAAAUCAACCAGCUGCUGUGUCACCACAACAUCCCAUGAUGACUGCUGCUGGUUUACCGACUGCUGGUCCCACACAACUGACUCCAGAACAAAUUGCUAAGCUACACUCUGAAUUGGAAAUUGUUUCGAUGAACAUGUCAAUUUUAGGUGAAAUGUUGACAGAACUUAAACCGGGACAAGAGGAACCGGACGACUAUCAAUUACUCAAUGAUUUAACAGCUACUUGCAAAGAAAUGCAAUCACGUAUUGUUGAUUUAAUUGGUCGCGUUACCGAUGAUGAAUUGACCGCUGAACUGUUGCGCAUCAAUGAUGAGUUAAAUAAUUUAUUUUUGCGCCAUCAACGUUAUGAAAAGAAUCGUGCCAGCCACACCGGUGUUACUUCACCUUCGGCUGUUUUAGGCGCUGCCAUUGGUAUACCACCAACUGCAGCAGCAGCUGCUGCCGGUGGUGCAGCCGCAGAAUCACCAAAAUUAUUAGAUUUUCCCGAUAGUAAUAAAGAUGAUCUGUUAAAUAGUUUUAGUCGUUUAGGUGUCAGUAAUACAACGAAACCAACAGCCAAGGAUGCCGAUGAAUUUGAUAUGUUGGCACAAUCUCGCACUAAUGGCAACAACAAAAGUGAUUUAUUAAAAGACAUUCCAACUUUGGACGCCACAGCUGGCAGCUUAGGAUCGCCCUUCAAGCGUCCCGGCAGCAAUAUGCCGGUGGUAAGUAAACCUGCUAAAGAAAAUGAGAUCGAUGAGAUGGAAGAAUGGUUAGGCAGCUCUAAAGAGAUUGAAGGACUGGAGGAAACGGUUACCAGCUCAGAAUUUGAUAAAUUUCUAGAAGAACGUGCUGCCGCAGCCGAAAAUCUUCCCACUAUACAAGCCACUAACAAUUUAGAUAAUGCCCAACAGCAGCAUACACAAAAUGUGGAUAAAAAUAAAUCGAAAAAAGCUGAAGAAGAUCUGCUAUUACUUUGAGCUUAUACGCGAACGCGAGUAUUUAUUUAAUUUGUUGUUAAAAUUUCUACUUUAUUCUACUUACUUCGUCUGGAAACCUCAUCAAAAUGGAA